AUUUUUUAUUUUUUCAAGUUCCUCGGCUUUUGUUACUUUCUGCUUAAUGGAAGGGCCUUAAAGCUUUAUUUAUUUAUUCAUUUUCUCUGCAGUUCGUGCAUUUUUCGCCUGCAAUUUUUGAAAGCAGUAAUCGGUCUUCUUCUCUUUGUUCCCUAAACUAAACUUUUCUUCGGAAAAAUGGAAAACUCAACUAUCUUAAAAAGGAUUUUAAUGCAUAGAACAUAGGCUGUUUUGAGAAGUUUUGGUUUCUGAUGUCUCCACCACUGCUGGGCGUGGAGGAGGAAGUGCAGAGUAGUGUUUCUUCUCCCUCUGUUGAAUGUAUCUCCGAGAAUGGCAUCGGGUUAAAGGAGCGUAAUUAUCUUGGAUUAUCAGAUUGUUCUUCAGUUGACAGCUCCGGUGUCUCGAGUAAUCUGAAUUUGAAGGCUACGGAGCUUAGGCUUGGUCUUCCUGGAUCACAAUCCCCUGAGAGAGAAACAGAGCUUUGCUUGUUGAACUUGGGAAAACUUGACGAGAAGCCACUAUUUCCUCUACUUCCUUCCAAAGAUGGAAUCUGCUCAUCAUCUCAGAAAAAUGUUGUUACUGGAAACAAAAGGGGUUUUUCUGAUACCAUGGAUGGAUUCUCCGAGGUGAAAGGCUACGUGUACACUGAGAAAAGUUGGAUGUUUCAUGAAGCUGGUUCUGAUUCUGAAUCUCCACAAUCUGUGGGACAUGGAAAAUAUCCUGGUAAUUCAGGGGUUAAUGUGAUUUUGUCAACAAGGUCUCCUGGAGUUAAAGCAUCUGUAAAGCAAGAUGAGCCUGCAAAUGUGUUACAAGAGCAACCUCGUGCUACUAAUGGAACCAGUCUCAAGCAAACUGUCAUUUCUAACAACAACACCGGUGCACCUGCUGCCAAGGCGCAGGUUGUUGGUUGGCCACCAAUAAGACCAUUUAGGACUAAAACGCUGGCUGCUUCUUCAAAGAACAAUGAUGAAGUUGAUGGAAAGCCCGGUCCUGGUGCUCUUUUUGUCAAGGUCAGUAUGGACGGAGCUCCUUAUCUGAGGAAGGUAGAUUUGAGAACUUAUUCUACAUAUCAGGAACUGUCUUCUGCUCUUGAGAAGAUGUUCAGCUGUUUUACCCUUGGUCAAUGUGGGUCUAAUGGUACUGCCGGGAAGGAAACCCUGAGUGAGAGCAGGUUGAAGGAUCUUUUGCAUGGAUCAGAAUAUGUGGUAACAUACAAAGAUAAAGAUGGUGACUGGAUGCUUGUCGGCGAUGUUCCAUGGGAGAUGUUUAUCGAAACGUGCAAGAGGUUGAAAAUCAUGAAGAGCUCUGAUGCAAUUGGAUUAGCUCCUAGAGCAAUGGAGAAAUCCAAGGCCAACAACAAAAAAGAAUUUGGAUAUGGGUGCUAAUUUCCUCGUGCCAAACCCGAACCAAACCAACAAUUCAGAGGUGAAAUCUGUAGGGUGUGUUGUGGAGAGUGAAAGAUCAUAUCAUGUUUCAUCUCAUCUAUAGUUUAGUUGCAAGAACAAUUUACUCAUAGAUAUCAUAUGAUCUCGUAGGAACCUGUAACGUUUAAGACAUGCUCUCUAUUGUGUGUUGAAUGUGUGUUUGAUCAUAAA